GGGAAGGAGGCCUACGGGCCAGGGUAGCCCCAUCCCCCGGGAUCCCCGGCAAAAACCGGGGCGCAGAGACCACGAGGGCAGAUCGGGCCGAUCCAUGUCUUUUCCACGGAGGAGAGAUCCACGCCUCGAGGGUUCGGGAGGACAAGCCACGGCUUGAGACGAGACGAGAGAAGCGGAAGCGAGGCGACAACAACGAAGAUCCAGCGCACCGCCCACCAGCUUCUUCGCCGGCGACCAGAGCUACGCUUCGGGCCUCCUCCCUCCAGUGUUCCGCCUCAACGCUCCGCCCCUCCUUCCUCGGAUCUCCCCUCUCCCAGCUCCGGUCACCUCCGGCGACGUUGACGGCCAGGUCCUUGUCCUCCUCUUUGAACCAAGAAGAUUCUAUGCACAGCCAGUAAUGUUGUAGCUUCUCGCUGUUACAUUGGCCAGCUUCUCAAGGUGGCGGUGUCAUCCACCACAGGUUUCAUCUCCAUACUAUUUCUUGUGGAGCGGUCAGCAAAAUAAACACUUCCAGUUGGUUACAGCAAGACAUGUGAAAUGAGCUGUUCUACAAGUGGCUUGUUGGAGGAGUAUGCCAUAUAUUUGUAAGAGGGAUUUAUUCCUUCUCGACUCAUGGCCGACUGGAUUAUAGGAGCGUUGAUCAAUAUCGUGGGUAGUGUUGCCAUAAAUUUUGGUACUAACCUUCUCAAAUUGGGCCAUGAUCAGAGAGAAAAGUUGUACUCAAGUAACAAUCAAGUCGAUGGCAAAUUUGUCCCAAAAUCAGUUAUGUAUUUCCAGACUUGGAGAAUAGGUAUACUCUUUUUCGCUGUGGGGAACUGCCUAAACUUCAUGUCCUUCGCAUAUGCCGCACAGUCACUUCUUGCAGCCCUUGGAUCAAUUCAGUUUGUAUCCAAUAUUGCAUUUGCCUACGUUGUGUUGAACAAGACCAUUUCAGUGAAGGUCAUGGUUGCCACAACUUUUAUUGUCUUUGGCAAUGUCUUCUUGGUUUCCUUCGGCAAUCAUCAAUCUCCUGUUUAUACUCCGGAGCAGCUGAUUGCGAAAUACAGCAACUUGGUCUUUGUUCUCUAUUGUAUGUCAUUGGUCUUUGUUGUUGCACUCAGUCAAUAUCUCUAUAGGAGUGGAGAGACAAUUCUUUCAGAUAAUGCAAAAGAUACUAGCACACAUUGGCGAACACUGCUGCCCUUUUCUUACGCUAUCGUAUCUGGUGCCAUUGGGUCUUGCUCCGUCUUGUUUGCGAAAUCAUUGUCUAACAUGCUGAGGCUGACCAUGAGCAGCAGAUACCAAUUCCACAGCUGGUUCACAUACUCAAUUCUUCUGUUAUUUCUCUGUACAGCUGGAUUUUGGAUGGCGAGGCUGAAUGAAGGACUAUCUCUGUUUGAUGCAAUACUGAUUGUCCCAAUGUUUCAGAUUGCAUGGACUUUCUUCUCUAUUUGUACAGGAUUUGUUUACUUUCAAGAGUAUCAAGUGUUCGAUACGCUCAGGAUAAUAAUGUUCGUGUUGGGCAUGACAUUUGUCUUCAUAGGCAUAUCCCUGCUAGCACCUGAUGAAAAUAAAGUAGCUGACACCAAAGAUGACUCUAACUCCAAAAAGGACCUGACAAUUGAUAUGAACAGUGAAGCACAUGUACCAGGAAAUUGCAGGCCAAGAAAGUUGCCGAUGGAGGAGACGGAACUAGAUGAUAUGGACUCAUUCUCAACCUCAGUAAGAGUGAAAGCAAAACGCAUAUUGUCGAGGGCAAAGUCGGCUUGCUCCAUGUCACUUGGCCUUGGGGAGGAGACCAUCAGCGCUUCUUCGGUGCUUGCAAUGCCAAUGGUUUCCUCGAGAACAACAGGGUUUAGAGGAAUUCGAACUGACCGAUUAAAGUACACCCCCCUGCGCUCCACUGAAUGGGAUAAUCUAUAACUUGUGAUGUCCUAUAGAUACACAAUACAGAUGUUAUUCUUUUAUAUUGCUAUUUGGUAACUGUUUGUACUUCCCAAAGCAAUUGUCUGUUAUGCCUCAGUGCUAAUUAGCUGUAACAUCAGUGUAUAGUUUCAACAUUUCCCCUUGUAACAUUCUCCAUACCCAUGAUGUAAUUGAAACAGCUGCCUGCACUACAUGUAUAAAUACACCAUGUUAGAAUAAACUUCCUUGAUUCAA